CUUUUGUUUUGCAGUUUCAAUACAUUUAUUGAACACAAGUUUUUCUGUGACAUUUCAUUUUAGUUGUUUUAUGUACUUUAUAAUUGUCAUGCAGCUUUGCUUUUUUAUAUAAAUACUGUAUUUUUUUUAUUGUUCUUUUCAUUUCUAUUUACCGUACUGUUUUAUAUCUAUUUAAAGUUUGGGUCUGCCGUUUUGUUUUGUUGGUUUUAGUCUGAAUUCAGCAAUUGUAAACUGGGCAAGUGCAAAAUUUAACAGUUACACCAUAACAAAUGGUUUGGAUAUAAUCAUAUGCAUAAAGUGCCUGGUGUGAUCCCAUCAGCAAUGCCUUAACUAAAGAAAUACUUACUUAUAAAUAUAAAUUAAUAUAUAAAAUAAAUAAAUGAACCUUUCCUUAAACAUAACCAUUGCUAACACUUGCCAGUAUUUAUCAUUAACUGUUUUUCUUGUCAAGAUUCCACUGAAGAACUGAAGUUUGGUUUUUGAUCCAAUAUUUUCUAGGGGAGAGAAGACAGUUUUAAGGAAGCUGGGUCUGAAUGUGCUCUCAGAAAAUGAGGAAGGAAAACAUUUGGCAACAAAGCCCACAAUCUUCUACCUCAUGCAUUGUGGGAAAGCCCUGUACAACAACAUUUUGUGGAACAACUGGAGCACAAAAUGUCUUCCUCUGAUCAUGAUUAUCUGAAAUGGCUUUACUGGCAUGAAGUACAGGUCAUUUGACAGAGAAUUUCAGUGUGACUACAGCUACAUGAACCAGGCUUUGGAUGUUUGUGAAGAGAAACAGCUGCCUUGUCCAACACGUUUUAGUGAUGUUUUUGGUGACACAGCAACCAUUACCUUUCCUCUUGGCAACCUAAGUAAACUCCCACCAUCCACCUGGACAGAGCCACAGGAACAAGAGUACCAACACUGCCCUGAUUUAGAGAUUAUUCUGAAGAAAAUUCAGAUGUGAUACUCAGAGAAGGAGAUAAUGGACUUUUAAAAUACUAUUUAAAGAAAAUAAUUAUGAUCUGUUUUUGUUGUAUUUUCAUAGAUGGUAUUUUUUUAUAUUGUUGAAAUCUACUGCACAUCAACAUGACAGAUUUCCAUUGUUGAAUUUUAAUUUUUGUGUGCAAAAUCAAGUUAAUGUCAAAAUAAA